UAGGACCUGAAGAACUAUUCGGAUUGUGCGAAGCCGCUACUAGUUUUUUUCUCUUCUAGAUUAUCUCUACGCGCACGCGCAGUUAGUGCGGAUAUCGCCCCUUGUUUUUUUUUUGUUUUCGAUUGUGCCGUUAGAUAGUGACCCAGUGAACUGGGAUGAGUGACGACUUCUUUGACAGCUUUCUGAUUUUCUGUUGAAGCUAAAAAUAACUAGACUAAUUGUAGUUUGAAAGAAAAGGUUCAAAAUAUUCAAUUUUUUAAGAAAGAAUUUUUGAAGUGCUUCAACAAAAAACACAGAUCUCAUCCCAUCAAAAAGGUACUAUCAAUGACUAGGAUAAUAUUUUGAAAACCUUUUGGAAAAUGUCAAUGGCACAACCUCUAGUUGGUACCAGCGUACCACCCAUUCCAGAAGAAUCUGCCGAAUCUACCCCGAUAGUUCCCCGGAGAAAAUCGAGUACGAAACCCCUUGACAUUUCGUCAGUGGAAACAACUUCGAACCCAGAAAAUAUAUCAGAUGGAGAAACAGUGAUUUCUUGCUCAGAGACUCCUGAACCGAACCCUGCGGAACGCCGCAGAAGUUCAGGAACGCUGGCUAAACUCGUAAAACAAAAAAAAGUGGACGGCACCGUGGGAUUUAUAAACAAUGGGUUUUCGGCGGAUGUUUCUGACGCCGCGACGCUCAGUGAUGUUCCGAGUAAAGCGUCGGUUGUCGAUGAACGGCUUGCCCAACGUCGGAAGUCUUUAGUGCCUAUGUCCAGUAUGGAGGAGGAGAAUUUGAGAGAACGGUUGUAUCUGGCUCAGUUGAGACUGUGUACUGAUAUUGUGAAUAAAGAAGCUAAAUAUACCAGGGAUUCGUUCAGGAGACUAUUUCAAUCAAAG